ACACACACACACACACACACAAUCAUAAUCAUCUAGCAUCGUCGCUGAGUGCUGUGAAUAUUUAUAUCUCUUAUGAAUGUACCUGGUUGCUUUAUGGAUUGUGAAUGUAGAUCUUUUGCUGUAAAUGUAAAAUUUCUUUUAAUAUAAAGUUUUUUUUUCUAAACUGUGUGUGUGUGUGUGUGUGUGUGUGUGCGCGCCAACUCAUUGAUCUUCAUUUUGUAAAACGUGUUUUAUACUCUGCUGAAUGUUCUAUAUAUGGACACAAAUUCAUGUUCUUUAUUAUUUUGUCUUUGGGGAAAAGUUUUAAUGAAGUCUUUGUGUUAAAAGGCUUUUCCACAAUAAUCCUUAGUUUAGUUUCUCUUAGCAGAAACUCAGAUUUAAAGGGCCAGUACCAUGUCCUGAGUGUGCUGGUGUGAUAGGGGAGCGGUCCCUUUAGGAGGGACUGGUGCUGAGCUGCUGAGAUGACUUCAUUAUCCCCCGUUAUGUUGCAUUGUGUACAUGUUUUGCUCUGUGUUUUAAGCAACAAGUGGAACCGAAUCUCAAAGUUGUUUUAGUUUAGCGAUGUUUCCCCUCAGAGGAAUAGACAGCGGGACGUCCUAUGAUGUACUUUUUGUAUUUGUACACUUUUUGUACUCGAGCACCGUUUUCUUGUCUGACUUCCUGUCCUCAGAAGACAGACGCAUUAAAGCUGGAGAACGCCGAGCAGCUCGUCAGGACUCUAUUACGUGUGUGUGUGUGUGUAUUUUAUAAGUGCAUUAAGAGUAACACCAGUCAGUGAGUUUAUCUCUCCAGAAGGGGGCAGCAGAGCAACACGCACACUACCGUUAAAACCCGAAGAAGACUUGAGGACUUUAUUAUAUAUUUUUAAUGAAGUAUUUCAAUUGUAUUUUUGGCCCGAAUUUUUAUUAGUAAAACAUAUUUGUGAAGAAAUCAAGCAUCACAUUUCCCCAUAAUGUAAAAGUAUAUGUUUUUUAAUCUGUUAAAAAGGUUUAACUAGAAUAGGAGUAAAGUGGAAUUAGAGUAAAAGUAAAAGAGCAGUUGGUUUAUAUUAUUAUUUCCCAGUCAGUUUAUUAAUACAUCAUUAACUAAUACAUUAUGUAUUUAUAGAUUAAACUACAAGCUGAAUAAAAAUACAUUAAUAGAUGAACUCAUUUAUCAGCUGCAAAUACAAUAAUGUAUUUUAAUCUGAGUACUUUUGCUCCUGUAAGUGUGUUUUCAUGCCGAGGGUGUUUAAUGCUAGUCAGUAAAAGAUCGGAGUCCUUCCUCCACCACCGGAGGUUAGCGCCAGUCCACAAAUCGAGCGCACCCAGGCUGGAGGGAAUCCGGCGGGCUUUAGGACCUGGCGGGAGGCGCGGUACAAUAGAGCCGUUGUGCCGUGGUGGUGAAUCGACUGCUGCCCAGGAGAUCCCCUCUGUGGUCGAAUACAAACCCCCGGAUUUACCCGGAGAGUAGGACCAGAGCCUCGCUUGUUCGUACAGGUACAUGUUGGACGCGGUGUCCGGGCGGACAUGUGGCUGGAAUAAAGCGGACAGCGGCGCGUGGACUGGAGGAUGUUACAGGAUGAAGCGUCUCAGGUCGUCGAGCAGCAGCGACAGUUCUGACAACGAGAGUCCCUCCACCUCCUUCUGCUCCUCCAACAAGUAUGGCGGCGGUAAACCCGAAGCUCCGGCCUCGGUCCAGAAGAAGCCGGCCGAGGUCUUCAGGAAGGACCUGAUCAGCAACAUGAAGCUCCCAGACUCCCACCACGUGUCCCCGGAGGACUACUACCUGCUGGCGGACGCCUGGAAGCAGGAGUGGGAGAAGGGGGUCCAGGUGCUGGCGAGUCCGGACACCAUCCCGGAGCCGUCCGUCAGAGUCCUGCAGGAGAAGCCCAAAGAGGUCCUCUACACCCACCAGAGGAAGCACAUCCAGUGCUCGGGCCGGGAGGCCCCGGAGCCGGGCUACGUGGACAUCAAGGAGCUGGCCGAGGCCAUGUGCCGCUACGACCUGGACGACAUGGACCUGCACUGGCUGCAGGCCCUGAACCGGCAGCUGGACCGCAUGGGGGAGGAGCCUGUGGACGAGCUGACGAUGGAGCGCGCCAUGGAGGCCCUGGAGGGCCGUUGCCACGACAACAUGAACCACGCCAUCGAGACGGUGGAGGGCCUCGGCAUCGAGUACGACGAGGACGUGAUCUGUGACGUGUGCCGCUCGCCGGACAGCGAGGAGGGCAACGACAUGGUGUUCUGUGACAAGUGCAACAUCUGCGUGCACCAGGCGUGCUACGGCAUCGUCAAGGUGCCGGUGGGGAACUGGCUGUGCAGGACGUGCGUCCUCGGGAUCGACCCUCAGUGUCUCCUCUGUCCUCAGAAGGGAGGAGCCAUGAAGGCCACGAGGGCCGGGACCAAGUGGGCUCAUGUGAGCUGUGCUCUGUGGAUACCUGAGGUGAGCAUCGCGUGCCCUGAGAGGAUGGAGCCCAUCACCAAGGUGUCUCACAUCCCUCCCAGUCGCUGGUCGCUCACCUGCAGUUUGUGUAAAUGGAAGACGGGGGCGUGUAUCCAGUGCUCGGUGAAGAACUGCACCACGCCCUUCCACGUGACGUGUGCCUUUGAGCACAGCCUGGAGAUGAAGACCAUCCUGGACGAGGGCGACGAGGUGAAGUUCAAGUCGUACUGCCUGAAGCACAGCCAGCCCAAGGCCCUGGAGGCGGGGCUUAGCCCGGCCCGCGCCAAGCCCGCAGGCGACGCCCAGAAGGGCGGCCAGCGGGCCCAGAGGCUGCAGGAGCUGGAGGAGGAGUUCUACACCCUGGUGCAGCAGGAGGACCUGUCCCGGGCCCUCGGGCUGCCGGCCCGCCUGCUGGACUUCAUCUGUCAGUACUGGAAGCUGAAGAGGAGGGCCAACUUCAACCGGGCGCUGCUGCCGCCCAGAGAGGACGAGGAGAACCUGGUGCUGCAGCCGCAGGAGGACAGCAUCCACACCCGCAUGAGGAUGUUCAUGCACCUGCGCCAGGACCUGGAGCGGGUGAGGAACCUGUGCUACAUGGUGAGCCGGAGGGAGAAGCUGAAGGUGCUGCAGAGCAAAGCCCAGGAGCAGAUGUUCAACCUGCACGUGAAGCUCCUGAACCAGGAGCUGGCCGCCGGUCUCCCGUCCUCGUCUCCGGCCGACGGGCUGCUGUUCCGUCCUCCUCCUCGCAUCACCCUGAAGCUCAAGAUGCCCAAACCCUCCGGGCCGGGCGCCGGCUCCGGCUCCAAGUCCAACGGGCCGCUGUGCCCGGACAACAGCGGCAACGUGGCGGGGGAGGGGCUGGGCCAGGGCAAGCCGCAGCUGCACGGCCGCGGCCGCCGGGAGGAGCGCUCCAACGGCCACUCCAGCCACGCCAGGAGCCCGGUGGCGCCGCCCGGCGGGAAGCCGUCCGGCAAGCCGCUGGCGCUGCACGCCGCCGCCGCCACGCUGCACGCCGGACACUCGUCCAACGGGAAGCCGGACCAGGACCGCAAGGCCAACGGACUCUCGGCGGCGGCGCAGAAGGACAGUUCCUGCCAGACGCCCCGAGACCGGGACGCCUCCGGCCCGGCGCCGGACAGGACCGGCUUGCGUAAAUCCGCCAUGGAGCACCUGGGCCGGUCCUUCAAGGAGGCGACCAUCAACCUGGUCCGCACCACGGAGGACCUGCGCGCCGACAGACUGACCCGCAAGGAGCGGCCGUGGGCCGAGCCGGAGCACCGGGCCCGGACCGGCCGCUCGCAGCAGGACAGCGACGGGUACUGCCCGGACCUGGAGCUCAGCGACUCGGAGCCGGAGGCCAAAGGGCGGCGGCGACGGCGGCCGGGCGGCCCGCCCCCUCAGCCCGAGGGCGCCGGCAAGGGGGUCGGCCGCGGGAAGCAGUCGCUGGGCUCCAGACACGCCGUGCAGAGGUGACGGCCGAUCGCUGGGCGCCGUCCUCCCAAGUGCCGAGACGCAUCAGGGACCGGGACCGGAACAAGGACCGGGACCGGGACCAGGACCAAACCAGGACCCGGGGGGCGCCGCGGAGGCGUGACGGGUCGGUGGGCCUCGGAGAGAGGAACUCUCUCCUGAGGUUCUCAUCGUUUGCCUUUCAUUGUGACCAGAAAUACAUUUUGUACUCUGCACAACUUUGUACCCCCCCAUAGGCCCCGCCCCCUCCAAGCCCCGCCCCCUCUGUACAUAGACCUUCACGUUGGGAAGUAAAUAAUCAACUGAAUCACACGUGCUCCACUUUAUUGAGACUUCACACCGUCGACGUGCAUCAAAUAUUCUAGGUUUUUUUAAUUUAAUUUUAUCCCCAAAAAAACAAAACAAUAUUUCUACUAAUCUGUUGACAUGAAGAUGUUAACUUCCUCAUGCUCAGGUGAGCCUGUUCACCUGAAACCUCACGAGAAGAACCAGACAUCAUGUCCAAUCAGAGUAUUUGUUGCAUGUAAACGUUCUGCAGCUCUUAGUUUUCCUCUCAGCUGAUGAAGCGACCCGGUGACCUUCUCUUGACCUCUUUUCUUUGUUUUUUUCCUUUUUUCUUUCCUUUGUUCUUUUCGUUCCUUUGUUAGUCGUGGUUUCAGUUGAACAGAAUCACAGUUUAACACUAUUAGUCUGUUUAGUUUGACUCGGCGUGUGAAGCGGUGGUUCACGUCCCGGUGGCUCCAGGUCACAUGACCUUCAUGUUUUGUUUUGAUAAUAAAUAACUGGUUCACUA